AUGGUCGUCGAGGGAUCCUCUGGCAUGGCCGACGUGCCCACGAAGAGCAGUCUCCCCCGAAAGAGCGCCUUCUCCUGCGAGGCGUGUCGAAAGCGCAAGGUGAAGUGCAACGGUGCCAGUCCCUCGUGCUCUCGGUGUUCUGCGCGCGGCGAGGUCUGCGUGUACAGCUUAGCCCCGACGCUUUCCUACACCAAACAGCUCGAGUCACGCGUCGCUCAGCUGGAGGAUGCGCUGUCCAAGGUUACGAACCCGCAAUAUCAACAGCAGCAGCAAUUACAGAUCGAAGAUGAGACGCGCAACAAGGCCAGCAACUCGCCUGCCUCCGCGGCCGAGUCCGGCUCCAGCGUGGGCAGGAAAUUCCAGCCCGAGGAAGAAGAUCCCCAAGAGCUGGCGAGAAGCUUUGAGGGCCUGAAUAUUGAGAAUGACGGGCGUAUCUCGUUUCAUGGGCCAACGAGUUUGUUUCAGUUGCCUAGUGGCGUUGUUAAUGAGACGGCAUCGAGCUCGCAUUUUCUGCAUGAGCUCGAGGCUAGGAAGGAGAGGUUGAUUAAUAGUGCCUGGCGGGAGAGGGCGUUUGAGCAGAUGGCUGCGAUGCCGGAACCAUUUCAAUAUCUUCUUGAUUCGCACUGGUGCUGGAUUCAACCGCUGUUCAAUUUUGUCUAUCGACCAGCAUUUACUCGUGAUAUGAAAAUAAAUGGCGCAUACUAUUCCGACACACUACUGAACGCCAUUCUCUCCCACUCCGUCCGGUGGUGCAAAGCAGAGCCCCAGAUCGGGCCUUUGCUCGACCAAUUCGAUGGUGGAGCCAAGUUCUCCGACCAAGCUGUGACGGGACUAUUCGACUCCCUAAAAGUUGGCUACGCGGGCAUCCCGACCAUUCAGACCCUUCUUCUUCUCAGCGCGCAGGAAUGCGGGCGCGGAAAUCGCACCCAGGCCUGGCUGUACAGCGGCAUGGCGUUUCGGUUGCUGGAUGACUUGGGGAUCUCGAUCGAUAGUCGGAAAUACCAUGGAGCCGCGCAGUUGAAUGAUGAAGAUAUCGAGAUUCGCAAUCGUCUGUUUUGGAGUUGUUAUUUCUGGGACAAGGUUGUCUCUCUGUAUUUCGGUCGCUCGCCGACGAUGCAGCAUUCGCGAGUCAGCCCUCCGCGCAUGAUCAUGGACGACACCUCUGAAGUUGAAAUAUGGACCCCUCAUGGUGUUGAUUUCCCAGAUGGUGCUCAGUACCCGCCCACCCAGGCCCAUUCGACCUCUUGCUUUAUGAAGAUGUGUGGUUUGGCAGAAGUGCUCAAUCAGAUCCUCAUUCACAUAUAUGAUCCUAUGCGCCAGACUCCCGCGUCAGAAUUCUACGACUGCAUCCAGGAGCAAGCGAAGAAUCUAAGCGACUGGUGGGACGACCUGCCUGAUUAUUUGAAACUCGUGGCAACAGACCUACCCUUAUACUGUCCCCCAAGCCACAUCAUGAUCCUGAACUGUCUGUACCAUACCAUUAACAUCCUACUACACCGUCCGAUUCUGUGUUCCCGGGAACUACUCAAAACAAGACAAGAGCAGUACGACACAAGCCAUCUAGUUCAAUGCAUGGCGUCGGCAACCUCGAUCUUGUCUCUCUUCGAUUUGUACCGCCGCACGUUCGGCGACCGCCACGUCGUGCUCUCCCUCGCCUACAGCAUCUACACGGCGGCAUCGAUUUUCCUGCUGGAGAUCCAGGCGUUGAAGUACGCUGCGCCAGGGACGCUGGAUAAACUCAAAUUCUGUAUCUUUGCACUUGAAAGAGUCAAGGUGUCUAAUCCAGUUAUGACAACUGCCCUCAGCCUCAUCUAUCAAGAGCUUCAGAAACUUCAUAUUGAUAUCCACAUCACUGUGUCCGCCCCGGCCCCGGAACAUGAACAGCGGCAACAACAACAACACCCGCAUUCACCAUCCGUGAACAGCGAUACGCACCCUCACCUCUCCCCAACCCGCCAGCCCGGACAACACCCCCACUCACAGAACCAAGCACCACCACCAGCCGCCCCCAGCACCUCCAACCCCAUGAUGCCCAGCUACAACAAUACAUUCCACCACCAAGUCGCAGGCUUCGACCUCUCGCACACACCCGACAUGUCCCAGAUGCCACCGAACCAUCUUCUAGGCGGCAUGCCAAAUGCCGUGAUGACCGUCGACGAUCUGGGCUCCUAUGAGAUCACACCAGAGGUGUUCGAGGCUUUCUCGUAUGCGCAGCCCAUCUCGACGAAUAUGACGCCGGCUUUUGAUUCUGGGUGGGGCGCGCCGCCUGCAUAA